AUGGAUAAUAUUGAUGAUACCACGAACAAAAACCGACUCGUCUCUAGAGAAGAGAAAUAUAAAGGUAGAUCAGGCGACUACGUUCUAAAAAAAUUAGAAAGCACAGAAGUUGACACUUCUACUAACCCCGUUUUAAGAGAAAGACAAAAGGACUGGCGUGAUAAUACUGAUCAACAUCGAUUUAAGAAAAACCCUGACUCAUUUACGUCAAACGAUAAUCGUAAUAUUAAUCGUUUUGAAAAUUUUGAAGUCCAAGGCAACAAACCUCCUACGGUUUCAUCUAAACAAAUAUAUACUGAUGUUGACGGAGAACAGUACUACGUUCCAGUAACGAGAACAAAGAAUUCUGCCACUCAACAUUCCAAGGAGAAAAACAUUGCAGUUGAUUACUACUUUAGCAGAAUGAGUUCGGGUGAGUGGCCAUUUUUCGAGGAUGAUGUUUCUGAGGUGUCUUCAACAAAUCAGAAAGCUAAAUUUAAAUCCAGUGAAAUUACCGAUCAUGUGGGAAAACAUAUCUUUAAAACUGAUACAGAGGGCGAACAUAGAGUAAUGCAGGAAAAACAAUUUCAAAUCCCGCUCAAGUUAGACAACGUUUUGAAAAUUGAUCUAGCCAUGAAAGACAAUAAAUCGAAAGUAAUAUUCAGAAAAGUUAAAAACACCAUAAAAAAAGAUGUCGAUAUUUUAUUAAAUGCUCAUUUGAAUGUAUUAAAAGAUAUGGUUGAAUAUGAUAAUGAGGGACUUUUACAUUUCGACUGGCUUGGCAGUACGGUCGACGUACAAUCUGCAUUGAAGAAAUUGAUAAGUUUGGCCAAUAUUAUGCAUGUAAGGGACGACGUGCAUCGAUCGGACAAAGAACUUUUCAGAUACGUCUUGUUCCUUUUCAAAUCCGCUCUUAAGACUCUCAUAGAGGCUGAAGAGUUUAGUGCAACGAACGAUGGAAUACACAAAACAUACCAACGUCUCUCCAAGAGAAAGACGCUAAUGCCAAUAAUUAAUACGAAACAGUUCGAAGCCUGGAGGGAAGUUAAGAAAUACAUGAGAGAAAUGAGGAAUCUUAACAUCGACAUUUACGAUUAUCUUUUAAACCAAUUCGAGUACUUCUUAAUAGAUUUAAGCGAUAGUUUGACCGAGCUUCACGAAACAAUAAAAGAGAUUGCCGUAGUGACCAAAUUCAAAAGACAACGUUGGUAUCAAGAUUUGAAAGAUCUGUACCUAUCACCCAUGAAUAAGAAGGUGUCGCUUUAUUUACUGCUGCACCUGGCAAGCUCCAGACUCUUUGGACUAAUAGAAGAAAGCGCCAAGAACGGCGUAGAAGAGAACUUGAUAGACUACGUACGAACACACAAGGUGGAAGUGGAGAGAACAAGGGAAGGAAUUUGUCUUUGUGUUAAGGCUGCUGAAGGAAAUAAA